AUGAGCUCCGCUGGUACCGCUGGGCCAUCUGAGCCGCUGCUUGAUCGGAUACAAGCCGCUGCGGCUGCCGGCGGAUCCCGCGAGGGCGACGCGAUGCUGUUGGACGAGUUGGAGGAAGCGCUCUUGAGGGAGGCAGAAGCCUUGAAGCUGGGCGACGGGGACGUGCAGGGGACCCUGUUCGAUGAGCCCUUUGUCCUCCUCGACUAUCUUCUCCCCCUCGUCUCGGCUUCUUCUUCCGCACGUCCGACUAGCGACCGCGCACAAGCAUGCCUGAACCUCGUCGGAACCCUCUCGAGCCCGAAGGAAGUCGUCAUGGGUGUGGGACAGAAGCUGGCGGAGCUAGUAUCAGCCGAAUGCGCGGCAAACGAGGACGAGGACAGCUCGGACGGCGACAGAGAUUCGGUAGAUGCUCGCAGCUCGGCGGUACAACUGGCGUGCUUGAUUGGUUUGUAUGCGCGAGCCCUUCCUCGCAUCAAGACGGAGCAAUUCCGCCCAUUCACCGAGCCCGCCUGCGACGUUAUCCUAGCCGCCCUCUCGCACCUCGCCGCAGAAGGAGCCUUCCAACCUCUCGACUCUCUCGACACCGUCUCGCCAGCAACCGACAACCUCGCUUUCGUCGUCUUCCGGGAGGUCGUUGAGUUUCUGAUAGCGAUGGAACAUCCCAUCGUGUUUUGCCAAACGGGUCACAUCGAUACGGACCCGCUUCGCACCCUUCUCUACGAGACAGUCGGACGACUGCACUCACUUCUCUCCCCUGUCGAUAUCGCAGCGGAGCUCGCUGGCGAAGCGUACCCGCAAAUGAGCGACCGCUUUACGCGGACGGAGGAGCCCGACGUACGGGAAACUUGGAGGCUUGCCGUGUUCGCCACAAGUUGCCUCCACGAUGAUGCGCCAAGGUUACUCUAUCGCGCGAACGACUCGGAAGCUCCACUCGUGCUCCGCCUCGGCCAGUUCGUCAUGGCCCUCCAUGUCCUCUCCGUCGAGAAGCCGCGAUCAGCCAUGAGCUAUCAGAUGCCGUCACCGAUUGGCUCGGAGUUCGAGCCAAGUCUGCCGCUCUUGCGCGAGGUUAUCGGGCAUCCUGAGCUGCGGCUAGGCGAGGACGAGCUGCUCUUCUGGUUGUGGUGGGUUGUUGCUUUGCGACCGCGGCAGUUACUUUCGGACAUCAUGCCGCUCGAGACGGCCUACUCGAUACUCGAGAUCCUCACACCGCUCGCCGCCCAGUCGCCCUCGCCCCCAAACCGCUUCCUCGCCUACACCCUCCUCGACUACCUAAUCUCCGACUUUGACCGUGUUUAUCCCGGAUCUACCGGCCACAUCGUCGAAGGCGAGGCGGCGCAAAUGGCCGUCUUGCGAGUCCUCGCCGUAGAAUGUCCGUUCGCGAAUAUGCGCGAUGCAGCGGUCGGGUUGGUCAAGAACGUGGUGCUGGCGAAACUCGAUUCGAGUAAAGGAGAAGAGUCACUCUUCCUCUCCGACACGCUCUUCGCAAGCCCGCUCGGCCACUCGCUCCUCAGCGCAUUCCCUCCCUCCCCCUCUUCCUCUUCCGACGCCUCUCCUACCGCGACACCGUCGAUGAGCGCAGAAGAGUUUGUCGAACAGUAUCACCGAGGAGUGAUGGAGCGCUUAAGUCUCGUCUAUGUCCUCCUCAAGCGGGAUACGGCGAACCGGACACAUAUUGCCUCGCCCUCCACACUCGAGCGCAUCCAAUCCUCCCUGCUCGACCCGCUCUCCUCCCUCUUCGAUUCCUGGUCCUCCUCCUCCUCCUCGUCGACUUCGCUCGACACGGCAACCGACCUCGAGUUGGACCUCAUGCGAGAUUUGCUGGAGCGCGUGAAGGGCGCUGUGAGGGAGGUGCAACGCUAG